GUCUUGUAAACAAAGAAAUUAUAUUGUUUCCCGUUUUUGUUGCCCAUCCUUCCAUCCUGUGAGUGAGUGGAGCCAUGUCAGCCAUAUGGGACAAAAUGUGUGAAGUAUUCACGUUGCUGGUUCGGCCGACGCGUCGCAAGACCCGAGUCACAUUCAGUCCAAGCACCCUACAUCGUGAAAUCAUUCGACACACCAAACUAUCGGCUUCCACUAAUCCGUUUUUCAACUUCCUAGCCGAAGUGCGUAUGAAAGCCAAUGGUGGGGAAUUAAUGCACCCUGGCUGUGGUUCGAUGUCGCCGCGGGAAAGUGCUCGCAUCGCCAAGACAGCAGGCCGUUUAUGGAAUUCUAUGAGUGAUGAACAAAAGCAACCAUAUCGGAGCAUUGCAAUGGAGCAGCGAAAACUGAAAAGGCUGCGGCGAAGGCGUUCCUACUUAUCUGCACGCAGGCGAAGGGAACGCAAAACGCCAGUAGAGUGUAAAUUUCUUUUACCGCCUCAGCCCACCCAUCAAGAACAUCUAUAAAUGUGGCUUCUGAGGAUUGCGAUUGUGUUGUUGACGCCUUCCGGACAGUGCGGAUGGUGCGGAUAUCUAAAUUGUGUGCAAAUUUAAUGUUGAUAUUGUCUCCAAUCUCAUAAAGAUUUUAUAGUCUGGUAACAUUUCUAUACUGCUCUGCUUACGUUACCUUGUUAUUCCACAAGAGGGGCAAAGCAAUUCAUUAAAAACAUUUCAAUUUUAUUUUAACGUCUAAAGAAAUAAAAAGUUUCAUUAGCCGACGAAAUUUCAGUAAAAACUAAAAUAUUUAUAUUUUGAUUUUUGUUUGUACGUCUUGUAAACAAAGAAUUCAAUUGGUUUCCGAUUUUGUCAUACAUCCAUCCGGAGAGAUAAUCGAGUUAUGCCAUCCAUAUGGGACAAAAUGUGCGAAGUAUUCACAUCACUGGUGCGACCGACGCGUCGGAAGACACGUCGUGUCACGUUCAGUCCAAGCACCCUACAUCGAGAACUCAUACGACAUUUGGAACCAUCGGCUUCCCGUAAUCCAUUUUUCAAUUUCCUAGCCGAGGUUCGUAUGAAGGCCAACGGUGGCGAAUUAAUGCAGUUAAAUUGUGGUUCGAUGUCUCCGCGCGUAAGUGCUCGCAUCGCCAAGGCGGCAGGUCGUUUAUGGAAUUCAAUGACGGACGAACAAAAGAAGCCUUAUCGGAGCAUAGCGAUGGAGCAGCGAAAACUGAAGAGACUGCGGCGAAGGCGUUCCUACUUAACAGCACGUAAACGAAAGAAACGCAAAAUGCCAGUUGAAUGUAAGUUUCUGUUACCACCGCUGCCCACGCAUGAAGAACAUCUGUAAAGGCGGCUUCUGAGGAUUACCAUAAUAUGGUUGACGUCGUCAGAACAAUGCGGAUGGAGAGAGAACCAAAUUUUGCGCAAAAUUAAUGUUGUAAACAUCUUUUAUUAUCCUAAAAUGUUAUUGUGUUUCAUCAACCCUAUACUUGUUAUUAUACCGAGGUCGCAGGCAAUCGGUAAUAAAGUGAUUCAUCAAAAACAUA